AUGACGUACGAAACUUUGAUUAUAAAAAAAGAUAGACUUAUCAAUACAAUCCAUGAGACUGCAUCCAAGUUUGGAGCUAAAGGGGUUUGGGGACCCGGGUUGACGCAAACGGGCGUUUGCCGUCUAGCAUUAAGUGACGAAGAUAAAAACGUAAGAGAUUGGUUCGUGAAGGAAACUCAAUUCCUUGGGUGUGAGGUGAAGGUUGACGCAAUCGGUAAUAUUUUCGCAAUUUAUCCUGGCAAAAACCCAGGACCACCAACUGGUAUCGGAUCUCACUUAGAUACGCAACCUAAUGGCGGUAGAUAUGACGGAAUAUACGGUGUUCUUUCAGGAUUGGAGGUUCUUCGAACUUUGAAAGAAAAUGGCAUCAUUCCUAAUUAUCCAAUUGCGCUUGUUAACUGGACAAACGAAGAGGGUGCGAGGUUUCCCAGAUCUCUUAUCGCUUCAUCGUUAUGGGCAGAAAUUGUAAGCGAGGAAGAGGCCUUAGGUCUAGAGUCUAUUUCUGAUAAAGUUCCAGUUAGUAUUGGUGAUGAAUUAAAGAGAAUUGGCUACAAUGGACCCAUUAUGUCGUCGUAUAAGAGCAAUCCUUUAGCUGCGCAUUUCGAACUUCACAUCGAACAGGGGCCUAUUUUGGAGAAUGAGAAUAAAAAAAUUGGUAUUGUUACUGGAGUUCAGGCGUAUACUUGGUAUACGGUCACUGUUAGAGGUAAAUCAUCUCAUGCGGGUACUACGCCAAUGAACACUAGGAGCGAUGCUAUGCAAAUAGCUUCAAAACUUAUUUUAAAAGGUAUAGACAUUGCUCAAAAGCAUGAUGGCCUAGCUACAAUCGGUACAAUUGAUUUAGAGCCGGCCCUGAUAAAUGUCAUUCCGGAUACUGUCAGAUUUUCUUUUGAUGCUAGGCAUGUAAACGACGAUAAACUAACCGAGUUAAUGGAUAACGUGAAAUUAGAAUUCAAAUCAAUUGCCGAAAAAGGUAAUUGUUCUAAAUAUUCUCAAUCAUUGGAAGUAGAAUUUGAUCACAUUUACACUUCAGGUGCUGUUUCUUUUGAUGAGACCAACAUUGACACCGUUAAAAAAAGCGCCUUAGAGUUGUUUUCUACGGAUGAUGUUAAAGAGAUAGUUAGUGGUGCAGGUCAUGAUUCUUGUGCCACUAGUAUCAGAGUACCAACUUCAAUGAUAUUCAUUCCAUCUAAGAAUGGUAUUUCUCAUAAUCCAGAAGAAUACUCGUCACCCGAAGAAAUCGAUAAUGGUUUCAGAGUUUUAUUGAAUACCAUUUUGAGGUACGAUGAAUUGAGACGAAAAAACCCUUGA